UGCGCGCAGUCUAUGACAGUACGUCAGCCGCGGGAUGGCCGUAGCUGUGGCGGCGGCUGCAGAAGCCCGAGCAGCCGCGGCCGCAGUGGAGACUAGAGCCGGAGCGGCGUCGGCGGCGGCACCCCGGGGAGUUUAAGAUGGCGGCGGGGGGGGCGGCGGGCCUGCGGGAAGAGCAGCGCUACGGACUGUCGUGCGGGCGGCUGGGGCAGGACAACAUCACCGUACUGCAUGUGAAGCUCACCGAGACGGCGAUCCGGGCGCUCGAGACCUACCAGAGCCACAAGAACUUAAUUCCUUUUCGACCUUCAAUUCAGUUCCAAGGGCUCCAAGGGCUUGUCAAAAUUCCCAGAAAUGAUCCCAUCAAUGAAGUGCAUACGUUUAACUUCUAUUUGUCAAAUGUGGGUAAAGACAACCCUCAGGGCAGCUUUGACUGCAUUCAGCAGAGAUUCUCCAGCUCUGGAGCCUCCCAGCUCAAUUGCCUGGGAUUUAUACAAGAUAAAAUUACAGUGUGCGCAACAAACGACUCGUAUCAGAUGACACGAGAAAGAAUGACCCAGGCUGAGGAGGAAUCCCGCAACCGAAGCACAAAAGUUAUUAAACCUGGUGGACCAUAUGUAGGGAAAAGAGUGCAGAUUCGGAAAGCACCUCAAGCUCUAUCAGAUGCAGUGCCUGAGAGGAAACGGUCAACCCCCAUGAACCCUGCAAAUACGAUUCGAAAGACACACGGCAGCAGCAGUGUUUCUCAGCGGCCAUAUAGGGACAGGGUGAUUCACUUACUGGCACUGAAGGCCUACAAGAAACCUGAGCUGCUGGCUCGACUGCAGAAAGAUGGUGUCAAUCAAAAAGACAAGAACUCUCUCGGAGCAAUUCUGCAACAGGUAGCUAAUCUGAAUCCUAAGGACCUCUCGUAUACCUUAAAGGAUUAUGUUUUCAAAGAGCUUCAGAGAGACUGGCCUGGAUACAAUGAAACUGACAGACGUUCAUUAGAGUUCGUGCUCUCAAAAAAACUAAAUCCAUCUCAGAAUUCUGCCAGCACCAGGCGUUCAGAAUCUCCUGUAUGUUCCAGUAGAGACAUUGCGUCUUCUCCUCAGAAACGACUUUUAGAGUCAGAUUUCAUUGAUCCUUUAAUGAAUAAAAAAGCUCGAAUAUCUCACAUGACAAAUAGAGUGCCGCCAACAUUAAAUGGUCAUUUGAAUUCCACCAGUGAAAAAUCUGCAGGCCUCCUGCCGCCCCCUGCAGCUGCUGCCAUCCCCACCGCUCCACCACUGCCUUCAAACCACCUGCCCGCCUCCAACCCUCCUCAGACUGUAGAUUCUAACUCCAAUUCCCCUAGCACUCCAGAAGGCCGGGGGACUCAAGACCUACCUGUUGACAGUUUUAGUCAAAACAGUAGUAACUGUGAGGACCAGCAAGACAAAUAUACCUCUAGGACUUCUCUGGAAACCUUACCCUCUGAUUCAGUUCUACUAAAGUGUCCAAAGCCUAUGGAAGAAAACCAUUCAAUGUCUCACAAAAAGUCCAAAAAGAAGUCUAAAAAACACAAGGAAAAGGACCAAAUAAAGACACACGACAUUGAGAUGAAUGAGGAAAAGGAAGAGGACCUUAAAGGAGAUGAGGAAAUUGCCACGCUGAACAACUCCAGUCCAGAUUCCAAUGAAGGAGUUAAAGAGGGUUGCACUGCCUCCAUGGAGCCUUCUUCAACAAUUGAACUCCCAGAUUAUUUGAUAAAAUAUAUUGCUAUCGUCUCCUAUGAACAACGCCAGAAUUACAAGGCUGACUUCAAUGCGGAGUAUGAUGAAUACAGGGCCUUGCAUGCCAGAAUGGAGACCGUAGCUAGAAGAUUUAUCAAACUGGAUGCACAACGAAAGCGCCUUUCUCCAGGCUCAAAAGAGUAUCAGAAUGUUCAUGAAGAAGUCUUACAAGAAUAUCAAAAGAUCAAGCAGUCUAGUCCCAAUUACCAUGAAGAAAAAUACAGAUGCGAGUAUCUUCAUAACAAGCUGGCUCAUAUCAAAAGACUGAUAGGUGAAUUUGACCAACAGCAAGCAGAGGCAUGGCACUAGAGCUCUGCUUGGACCAGAAGAUGUGAAUAAACUUAAGCUUAUUUAUUUAAAAUUCCAAAUGAGUUGCUCUAAGAUUCUAAAAAAGGAAACUUUGCCUGUCGAAAGUUUCAGUAUUUGUCAACUUGAGUUAACUAUUUUUUUCUUUCUGUCCCCCUCCCCACAACCCUCAAUUUCUUUACUUCCCUGCAAUUUUGAAGCUGCUUUUUCUGGUCCUUUUUUCCCCCUCAAGACUUGUGUUUGUCAAUAGAAGUAAAUUUUUUUUAGAUAUUGGGGAUCCAGUAUCUAUACUUUAAAUCAGUUUGUUUUUUUCUUAUAAACUUGUUUGUAAUUAGCAAUGAUUUUUUUUAGAUAUUGGGGAUCCAGUGUCCACACUUCAAAGUUAUGUGUGUUAAAAAACAAACCAGUAAUGUGCAAGGUGAAAUGCGUUUGGAUAAACAUAAGCCUAUUUUCUGACCUUUCUUAAUGCAAACUCUUUGCCUUAAAUGGUAGAAUAUUUAGAAAUUUGCACAAAAUACAAAAAAAUUAAAACAUUGUAUUGGAGGGUUAAGAAAUAAAAAGGUCUAUGAGUAUGUAUAUGUGUGUAGCUACACAUACACACACAUAUGUGUCUGUGUGUGUGUGUGUGUGUGUGUGUGUACACACACAGGCUGACUUGAUCUAGAACGGUAAAGUGCCCUGCAAGUUAACCCCCCAUUGCAAUGGUUGCCUUAAGGUGUUUGCUAGUUAUGUAUAUAGUGUGGUUAAUCAUUAGCUACACUGCUUCCCACCUGAUUGGAGCAACGGGAAGCACACUGUGGCCUACCAGCGUCUGAAAGCGUGUGCGCGACCUGUGUGUGUGCGGAGGUGGUGUGGAUGUGAGCGUGCGUGAAGGAAAACAAGCUGCUACUCUUAGUAGGCCAAACGCUCAGGUUAAACAACUGACGAGUGUUACUGUAGGUUUUUGUUUUUGUUGUUUUUUGUGUGUCUUUUUUUCAAAUUGCUACUUCUAUUGUGAAAGACAAAAGCAUUUCCAUUUCAACUGUUUGUCAGCUUUGUCGUUGGGCAAAAUUGGUAUGUUAUGAAAAUGAAACGAAUCUAUAGUUUUGGGGCAAAAUUAUAAAAUUAAAUAUGUAGGUAACCUAUUUAUAUACUGCUAUAAAGUAUUUUUUGAGGAGAGAUGUGCAAAGAAGUUAUUACCUACAUGAAAUGUAUAUUUAAAGAUUUUUUUCUUCAUCCUGGGUGCCAGGAAUAUAAAAAAGAGUGGAUAUAUUUAACAAUAGCAUACUGUGAUUCAUCAAACAGCACAAACUUUCAGUUCAUGGAGUUUAUCUGUUGACGUUGAUUUAAACUAUCACUUGUUUUAUCAUGUGGGAACAUAAGUUAUGUCAAAAUGUAAGGAUUUUGAACUAAUGUUGAUUCAAGUUGUGUUGUCUUACCGUAUUGUCUUUUCAAAGUGCUGCCAGUUAAAAAGGGAAGCAUUAUGUUUACAAAUCUGUUUUGAAAUGUUUGCCAAAUUUUGGUAGUAUCUUUAAUAAAGAUGUUUGUCUCCAGCAUCCAAAAAGAAAUAAAUAACUUCGUUGUGUAUCACUAUAAACCAGAAAAAUGUUAUUUUCUAGAAAACCUGAGAGAACAUGUAGAUGAACUUUCUCUUUGGAGUUCUUCUAAAACAUUAACUGGAAAGAGUAGAUAAUGUAGUAAAAGUACACAAACUAUACCAAGACUAAAACAAGACCCUCUACACUAUACCUCUAUAACAUUAUUGCAGAAACUUAAUUUCUAUGUAGCAUGGACCUCCUAGGGAAUUCGAUUUCUUUUAGCAUCGAGAUCCCUGGUGCUCUUCCUUUUUCCUAAGAAUUGGUACAAUCAUUAGUAAAUGUUCAUUGAUUUCAAACUUUCAGUUGCAAAAAAGAUAGGAAAGGAAACUUAAUUGGGGGUAAAUUUGGUCCUCAUAUUAUUGUGGUGGAGUCUGCUGAGGGACUUGUCUGUAGAUAAUGACCUCAGUGGUGUUUAAUCAAAGAUUGUGUGCUGCUAUUGCUAUGAGUGGUGUUUCUCAAAAACAAGGUGCUUGGACCACUUACAUCACCCAAAUUAGAAUCUCUGGGUGUAGGGCCCAGGAGGUCAUCCACAUUUUCCUAAGUAUCCUCCAGGUGACUUGCAAGCUAAAGUAUGAGAACCAUUGGCUUGGAUGUAGUGCUAAACCUUAGGUCUCAAAAUCUCAGUCUUGAAAUGAAGUUCAACUGUUGCCGUUGUGUUUUGUUGUUUUGUGUGUUUGUUUGUUUUUAACCAUCUAUCAGCAGGCACACAUCACUUUUUUCCUCUACAAGAUGAGAGGCACCUUCUCAAUUGUUUCACUGCCAACUCUUAUUUCAGAACUUGUUUACAGACAAGUCUUCUAGUUGGUUAAUUGUUAGCCCUUAGAGUACUUACCCACCUACAUCAGCACGUCUUCGGGUUUACAAAUUGGGUAAUAGAAGCUGGAGAUGCUUCACAAAAAUCCAGCACUGUAUACCCAUAGACUUGACCACCAACCUAUAAAAGCCUUAAAUUAGACAUUUGUUGUGUACCAUGGGCAGAUCCUUAUAAAAUGUGUAUCUAUCAGUUAUAAAUCUCUGACUCUGCUGCUACCUGAGGCUGCAUCUCUUUUGAAGGUGGGCAUAAGUCUAUUAAAAUAUUUAUAUCAUUUUUCAUGUCCUACUGUUAGAUUUUUAGAUACUUUCGAGUAAUACCUGCAGGAAUGUGUGGUCACUUCGUUACUUUGGUCGAAGAAUCUAUUUAGUUUUUUUGAAAGACACAAUGUAAAAGAGCAUUGUCAAGAUGAGAGAGUGAGUUAUGUUUUAUCACAUUUCAUCUAAAAUAAUUUGAAGCAUUCUUGAAGAUUUUUACCAACACUCAUAAAUUGAUUCUAAAUUGAAUGAGCAGCUAAUUUAAUAUAAACCAAAAAGAACAUUAAUUAGAUGUGGUUUUGUUUUUUAUGUGGGGAUUUCAUUUUCUAUCUUGUUGGGUUUUAUUUCUCAUGGAGUAAUUUAGAGGGUUAACUUUCACCUCUAGUGGUAGAUGUUAGGACUGGCUCUCUCAAAAGUAAUUGGUGUGGUCAGUUUCUAUCAUUGCUCCAUUCAUUGAUUCAAAAAAUUCAGUAUUAAUUUGCGUUCAUCUCUGAUGGAUCUUUUAACUGUUAGAGGAGUUUUCUUUUCCCUUAAAGUAUUUCACUUUAUUAUGAAAAUAAAUGCAUACUUGCAUGUUGAAAGCAAGAUGUUGAAAUGAGGUUUAGCCACAAAUGGUCCAUUAGUUCCAACACUGCUUGGUUGCCUUACCUCUUACAUUACUUUAUUCUUUGCUUCUGGAACUUGCCUGAAACGCUUUAGCAGUUCAUUGUCUUUCUGGCAGGGUGAGUGUUGUCAUGUGUGCUUGGUAUAUGCCUUUACUACUUCUGAAGUUCUUACAGUUUAUUACUUCCCCAAGUGUUACUAAAUCCUUUUAUUACAUGUACCAGAUUGGGGGAAACUUAUAACCAGCACUUUGAGAGAAACAUUUUGGGAAAGGGUAUUUAAUGGACACUAUUAAAUGAAGGCAACAGGAGAUAUUAUUCACUUUCUAUGUAACCUAAAAAACUGAACAAGGCUGUGAGGCUCAUUUCAAAAUAUUUUGAAGUGUUAAAAACUACAUAUAUACUAUAUACGCUGUUUCUCAGUUCCAUCCAAACCAUGUUAGGACUCUGGAAGGUAAAAUGUCACAGGGACCUUUCAGUUGUUACUGAGCUCAGCAGCUAUGGUGGCCCCUGUUGUUCUACACCAAUUUCAGUUCAAUAAAAAUGUUAACAUUGCA